AUGGCCAUGAAGGCAAUAAGGGUGAACGAAGCAUUAAACGACGCCGUUCCCUUGCGAAAACCGGAGAUGAUUCAUGAGGCAAUGAGGUACUCACUUCUCGCCGGCGGGAAACGAGUCCGACCAAUCUUAUGUUUAGCUGCCUGUGAGUUGGUGGGAGGAGAAGAUACGGUGGCCGUUCCAAUGGCCUGUGCUGUUGAGAUGAUCCACACAAUGUCUCUCAUCCACGACGACCUGCCGUGCAUGGAUAACGACGAUAUUCGACGAGGAAAGCCGACAAACCACAAGGUUUUCGGUGAAGAAACUGCUGUUCUCGCCGGUGAUGCUCUCUUGUCCCUUGCCUUUGAGCAUUUAGCUGUUAAGACCGUGAAUGUGUCGUCAAACCGGGUAGUUCGAGCCAUUGCAGAGUUGGGUUCUGCUGUUGGGUCCGAAGGGCUUGUGGCGGGGCAGAUUGUGGACAUUUCUAGUGAGGGAAAAAGAGUGAAUCUGAGUGAGUUGGAGUACAUUCAUGUUCACAAAACGGCAAAGCUUCUCGAGGCGGCGGUGGUGGGCGGAGCUAUCGUGGGUGGAGGUGGUGGAAAUGAGGUGGAGAGGAUGAGGAGGUAUGCUAGGUGCAUUGGGUUGUUGUUUCAGGUGGUGGAUGAUAUUUUGGACGUGACAAAGUCAUCAGAGGAGUUGGGGAAGACGGCCGGCAAGGACUUGGCAACAGACAAGGCGACGUAUCCAAAGCUGAUGGGACUCGACAAGGCGAAGAAGUUCGCCGGCGAGUUGGUGGAUAAAGCCAUGGAGGAGCUCAGCUACUUUGAUGUUGCUAGGGCUGCACCAUUGUACCAUUUAGCCAACUACAUUGCAUACAGGCAAAAUUAG